UGAUCCACUAAAAUAUCUAAUACUUAUCCACUUUGCCAGUCGUGCCCUGAUCUUUUGGUACAUAACUGUAUCUUCCUCGUAAAGCUGUCAAUUCUAGUAUUUGUGGGUGUGAUCCGUGAGAUACUGCAAUCGGUGUGUGCUUGGAUAUGAUGAUAAAGUCCGCCCUUCUCCGUUCUUGCUCUUCUCCUCUGUUCCUCGAAGCCAAAGAUCUUCACCGCAACCGAUCAUCCACGCCAAGAUUUGCUUCCACCAUAAGUUGCUCUUCGAGAGGCCACCCUUAUAUUCCGAAACUCGAGCCCUUUAGCCGAUCCAAGUCCCAACGGUUCGUCAAAGAGCCCUCCUUGAUCGAAAAGUCAAAGAACGAGCUCUCAGAUUAUUGUUCUACGGUGGAAGGAGAUGAAUCGUAUAGCUGUUGGAGAGCAUACUUUGAACUCAAAGAUCUUGAAAGGGAGUCACCGAAAGAAGACGUGGAGAGGCUGAUUCUUCAAGCAGGGGGCGUAAAAACUUUAAUCGGAUGCCUACACGGCAUUGCAGGAAUGCGCAAAGACAAGAACAAUGGGUCCAAUUUAGCCGAGCCGUUAAAUGUGGAGAAAGGAGGAGAGAGACCCUGUCCAAUCCCAGAUGGAUUGCCGAAAUCACUGGAAGAGCUCGAGGAAGAAGAGCGAGGUAGAAUGCCUGAUUCUCCGUUCACCCGGCUGCUUAGAACCAAGGGUAGCUUCCCUGCAUGGUAUUCCCCCGUCCCUGACCAUGAAACUGACUGAUUAAUUUCUGUGUUUUGGGGGGGGAUCGAGGGGUUUCAGCGAGUUUAUGCCCCACUUUCCAGAUGGUUAAUUAGCUGUAGAUAUAGUGGUUGUAGAUAUGAGAUUUUCAAAGUGCGUUGUGACUUGUGAGGGUUUUAGAUUUGUGACCAUGGGAGUAGUUUCUUGUAAAAUUAUUGUAAGAAGUGUUAAUCAGGUUUUUCCUUUGCCAUGGUUUGCCACAAAUUUGAGCUUAAUGGCACGUGAACCUUAUUUCCUAGUAUAGCUUGAUUUCUUUGCUUUA